AUGGCGUCAUCGGCGACGGCUACUCCUGACGCUGACAAGAUUUACUACGCUGAUCUUGUGAGUUUUGCUCGCCUUCUCUACCAGCAGGCUGAGCAUGAUGAACAUUGCACUUGUUCCAAGGAAGAGAGUACUUCAGGCUGCACUAUCAAGGUGUCUUGGCUCCGGGACACCCUGCCUCAUCUGAAGGCCGGUUUCUCCGCGUACGCGGAGGCCUACAUCCGCGACCGUGCCCCCAUGAUACAGGUCGAUGAUACUACUAGGCGGUGCUCACAAGGCAAACGUACUCCAGGCUGCACUAUCAAAGUGACACAGCAUAAGGGGCUCACACCAGACCAGGUCUUCGACUUCAUCCGGCCCCUGAUAGCCUAUCUUUCCAAACCCGAAGAACCCGGCAUCUGCUACCAUGACCCUAUGGAACAGAGCGGGAACGUCGAAACGACCGGUCCUUUGACAUCGAGUGUGGCCCUUGGCGCUAUGUACGAGGCUGACGCGACGCCGGUCGACAUAACCAUUUCUGGUAUAAGCUCUGCGCCGUCCAGUCCGUCAACAACGAUGACUGAGUCGCAACCGCUAGACUCGCCAGGUUCGCCCGAGCCGCUCAAGCCGUUGCAGGACCUCGAUUUGCCGACAUUUCCGGGGCUGAACGAGAAAAUGGAAGCCAAUCCGCGGCCUAGUGCUUGUCAAGCCUUCAAGACAAUUUGGAGUUCAUACGAUGAGCUUGUAGGCGAAAAUGCAGAGACAGAUAGUGCUCAUCUGUCGACGUCGCCUCUUCCUCAGUUGCAUAGUCGCUUAGUCGAGGCGGAGGACGCACUUGCACAUCCAGAACACCAGACAACUUUGGCCGUUCUCGAAUAUCGCGUUGAUGAGGUCAUGCUGGCCAUGUGCUACAACGAGAAGAUCGAAAGGCGCGAAAGUCAAACACACACCGACGAAUGCGACCGUCUCCAAACUGAGACGGUACUCGAUGAGAUGAUACAAGAGGGCUUUCGUUCAAAGUCGUCCGACGAUCAUUUGAUCGACGCAGGUGAAUUCCCGAGAGAAAAGCUAUGCGAGUGGAUCGGUUUAGGCCAAUUCUUCUUGAAAUUGAUCGCGGAAUUCGGUUGGGGUGCGAUGAUAUAUCCGGGUCUCUGCAUUGAACAGGACGACUUGAAGGAGAUGGGGCAGGAGGAGCUUGAUAAGAUCAUGGAGUUCAUCCAGUAUCAUUACGGCACCACGGCUUGGAGGAAAGAGCUGCUUGACAUAUCCCCGACGAUCUUUACAUUGAUAAUGCAGGGGAUUCCCGAGGGCCAAACGCUGAGGAUUCUCACAGUGACAGAUGGGGGUAAGACCGAGCUGAUGGACUUGCCACUUAGCGAGUGGCUCCGCUUCAUUCCAAUCACUGAUGGAAAGCCAUCUCGGGCGCCCAAGAGCCGAUUUUCGCCACUGGAACAGAACAUACUGCGUCGAGUACCCUGCCCAGCCUCUACAAGCCCUGAGUUGGAAGGCCAAAACAAUAGUUGA